GUGGGAGGAGCUGUUUCUCAGCAGCCGCCACCUCUCCGACACUCAUGAAGCUGCUCUCAUGUCAACCAAAGGGCCAGCGGCGACGGAGAAACUAAAGUCCUCGUUUGUUCACCUCCUGUGAAGUUUUCAUCUGUCACUUGAGCUACUUUUUUUUUUUUUUUUUUUUACAGAAGACGACACAGCGGGAAGCAGCAGCGACGCCCCGGGGCUGAAAUUAAGGACUCACUAUGUCUGAUGGGGAAUACGAUUACCUCAUCAAAUUCCUAGCGCUCGGUGACUCCGGCGUGGGAAAAACAAGCUUCUUAUACCAGUACACAGAUGGCAAGUUUAACUCCAAGUUCAUCACUACAGUUGGAAUAGACUUCAGAGAAAAGAGAGUGGUAUACAAAUCAACAAGUCCAGAUGGAUCUUCAGCCAGAGGACAGAAGAUCCACAUGCAGCUGUGGGACACUGCAGGACAGGAGAGGUUUCGAAGUUUGACGACCGCUUUCUUUAGAGAUGCGAUGGGGUUCAUCCUCCUGUUUGACCUCACAAACGAGCAAAGUUUCCUAAACAUCAGAAACUGGAUGAGUCAGUUACAGAUUCACGCAUACUGCGAAAACCCAGACGUCGUUCUGUGCGGCAACAAAUGUGACCUGGCAGAUCAGAGGGCAGUCAGUGAAGAUGAGGCCCGUGAGCUGGCAGAGAAAUAUGGAAUCCCAUACUUUGAGACGAGCGCUGCAAACGGACAGAACGUCAGCCAUGCAGUGGACGUCCUGCUGGAUCUUAUCAUGAAGAGGAUGGAACGAUGCGUCGACAAGUCCUGGAUCCCCGACAGGACUGUCCGAGCCAACGGACCCAUGGACCCGGACACGUCAGAGGGCGCUGAUAGAGGCAAAUGUGCAUGUUAGAAAGAUUUUAGUCGCACAUGUGCGUUCGUAAUAUUGGUGGAAAAGUAGGCAGACAUCCAAGUAUAACAAAGUGGGAGCUUGUAUAGUAAAUCCUGUGUUAGGUUAAACUUAACAUUAUUUGUGCCUUUUGCCCCACAAACCAGCGUAAUACAGAUUUACAGUUUGUCAGUUCUAAGUUAAAUGCCUUUUGAAUUUGGGCAUUUCAUUUCAAUUUGUUCUCUUUUGAAUCAUUAAUUUGUUCUGGUCGUGAGUUUGGGUUAUUUAUUUCGUAGCUUAAAUAAUCAGUUGAGUAUGCUGAUCAUAUUUUCAGGUGUAAACGUUGGCCUCCACAUCACAGAGACGUGAGCUGCCGAACGCUAUAAAUAUACUGUUAAUACUCUUAACCUGCUGUAAAGAAAGAAAUUGGCUGUGGAUGUGCUUUUAGGAACCUUUAGGUCACUGGUUACGUCCUACUGAUGCUGUGCUGAACGUCCUGCUGAAUAUCUCAACGAAGCCACCGCCAGCCAAGUUGUAGCUCACAGUGACUGUCCAACGGCAGUCAGGUGGACAGUUUUCUUCUCUAAAUCUUUUUGCUUGUUUGCUGUUUUUGAUUAAAUGAUCUACACUUUGUUAUGUGCGGUUUUAACCUGAAAAUACAAAAAACAGAAUGUGCUCAGUAAUGUAAUAAUAUAAAUAGGUAUGUCAUAGAAAGCAAGAGUAGAAACAGAGCAACAACUCAGGAACCCUGUUAGUCCCAGUAAUUUAUCCUGCCUUGUAAAAGAGAAAUGCAAAAAAAUUUAUAAAUAAAUAAAGACUUGAUGUGGAUAUUUCAACCAUUUGGCCAUCACACCAUCAAAAAAUAGAAUUGGCAAAUUAUUUUGGAGGGGCAACUUGGAGAUUAGAAGCUGCCGAAAAAGUUUUUCCUGCCUGGCUGUUGAUUAAAUAAACACAAAUGUUGUGUGAGUGUUGUGCUGAAUGACAACUAUUCAGGUUGCAGAGUUUAAAUUUCUUCUGCAGAAAAACUUCAAAAGAGUUUCAUGACUCUUUUUAUUUUGCACCUUCCCAUAAUCAAACAAGUAACUUCAGGCAAAGUACAUUUUUUCAUGAUAAGAACAGUUUUAUAGUAUUAAAGAUUUCUCCCUUAAAAUCAACAAAUGAUUGUUUGUUAUUUCAGGGUUUCCGAGGGUUUUAUAGUUGAUAUUCAUAACAAAUUAAUAUUGCAUUUUAUCAGAUGAAACAACAUUCAGGGGAAAAGAGCAGAAAUGUUAUUUUAUGCAGCAAAUGUCAUAAAUGUAUUAAGUGUGGCUGUUUUUAAUGAAUCGAAUGUGAGAUGCAUGAAGAUCUUAGUGGCUCACUGCCUGUUUUCAGGUGCUGGAUGUGAUUGCUAGAGGACUGCGCUGUUGCUGAAUUCUCAGAAAUAUCAGUGGGUUGUUGAAUGUGAUGAUUUUUGAAAGCUAAUAAGGCUUGAUGCUGUAUUAACGAGUUUUACAAAUAAGAUAAUAAAAUGGGGCCUCCAUUUCAGUUUGCCCUCUUUAGGUGUUCUUUAGAUCAGUUUAUAAUACUGCUGAUGUUUUAUAGAAACACACGAAACACUGAAAGUACACUGUAUUUAACUGUUUUACACACAAAUCCACACUUGUAUUACACUGCCAUUCUCUCCUGUGUACAAGGGGGGAUGUGACGUUUGAGCUAAGACACAUAAUUAAGUUUUUAGCCCACAAAUUUAAAUAUUGAUGAUCAUAUUAGUAGGACUACACCGAAACAAUGUUGUCAAUUGUGCCAUACUUUCAUAUGUGUACAUUUUGUCCAAAAAAUAAACAUUUGUAUUUAUGUA